AAGAGAUAUAGCCAUGGUCUCUCGCAGAAGCCAUAAAAACCGCCAGGCCCCAACGUCCGGUCAACAGUUGUGGAAAUACAAUCAACAUGAAAUUCCUUAAUCUGCUGCUCAGCAUCUGCCUGAUCUUCGCGAUCUACGCCCCCUGGGCCAUGGGCCAAUUCUCCAGCCUAUCGCCUCCGGAUCCAACCCCGCCGACUGGAUCUCCCUCGAGCGGUAGCUCCACUGCCCAGGAGGGACCUCCAGUUGCCUCCUCUACUCCGGCCGUUCCCUUGGAAAGCACAAUAUACCCCAUCUACUAAAUGGUGUUACAAAAUUAAAGAUUCCAUUGGCAAUUAUACCUA